AUGGAUUUCAAACGCUCCCAUAUACAAAACUUCACCCUCGACACAGAGGUAGAACACCACUGGGGCUAUGCAGAUCGUCAAACUCCAUGCCUCACGGACCCCGGGUCCUGUGAGUACCUUGACGCCGUCUACGGCGCUCAUGAUCGCGGGAUGAUAUACGUUGGCGUGCUAUGGCUCACUAUUGCGGCUGUGUUGAGUCCCCGAGCAAGGCGGACUAGCCCGUCUGUCCCGGGCGGCGUCGUCGACGUCGCGAACCUCCUCACCGACUGCUGGCGACCAAUCUUCGGAAGAACGACAAGACUUCAGGUGCUCAUACUGGCCACACUCACGGCCUACUUGACUGUCUGGUCAUUCUUCGGUAUCACUUACAAGCACUGGAUCACGCCGGUUCAAGAUCACCCUGGCGUUCACAACACCAGGUCAGGUCUCGGUCCUUGGUCAGACAGAGUCGGUGUGCUGGCAUACGCCUUGACGCCACUUUCUGUUCUCCUAGGCAGUCGAGAAUCACUCCUCAGCCUGAUCACCGGUGUUCCAUACCAGCACUUCAACUUUCUGCAUCGCUGGCUCGGAUACAUCAUUGUGGUCCAGGGGGUACUGCACACCAUUGGCUGGUGUAUCAUUGAGAUCAGACUCUAUCAACCCCAGCCGGAUGUCGCAGCCGAAUGGAUCGUACAACUCUAUAUGAUCUGGGGGCUUGUUGCGAUGACCAUAUUGCUGCUGCUUUACAUACUAACACUACCCUUUGUCAUACGCCGAACUGGAUACGAGUUCUUCCGCAAGUCACACUAUGUCCUCGCCAUGCUGCACUGCUUUCUGACUCCCUCCAUCAUCCUCUGGGGUCUGGAUCGAUGUGUUCGGCUUCUUCGAACGUGGCUCAUCCACCGCAAAGCUAUCAACGACAAGGGCGGUCUGUUCAACCCAGCACAAGCCUCCGUCACACGAUUCCCAGAUCACAAUGACGGCGACAUUGUUCGUUUGGACUUGAAGCACCCCCAUAAGCCCUGGAGCAUUGGUCAACAUUUUUAUCUAUGCUUCACGGAUGGCAGUAUCUGGCAGUCGCAUCCAUUCACACCCCUGAACCUCCCCGAGCAAGCCGCUGACGGCACGACGCAACACUCGUACAUUUUCCGUGCCAAGGGAGGCGAGACGAAAAAAGUGGCGGAGAUGCUAGCCGAGACAAAAAGGUCUACCACGGGCGUCAUCCUCACAGGCCCAUACGGGGCGAACAUCACACGCUCGCUGACCUCGACCGACAACGUCCUUUGUAUCGCCGGUGGUACAGGAAUCACCUACGUUCUUCCUGUCAUCAUGGACAUUUCCCGUCGCCCUGUUGCCAAUCGCAAGGUCGAACUUGUCUGGCUGGUGCGCUACCGCACUGACAUUGACUGGAUCAAGCCGGAGCUCGACGUCCUCGAGGGGCAGGACAAUGGUACCGAGCUCAAAAUUCACAUCUUCACCACCCGCGACACUAUUGAUGAUGCCGACGGGCCCUUAACUCCCUUGUCAGACGACAGAGGUUCGGCAAAUGACGACGAGAAGAAGUCAUCGUCAUCGCCGCGCCAACAGAAACUCGUCACGAUCCGCCCCGGCACAGCAGCGGCAACGGCAGGCAACAGCUGCCAUCCUGACGUCAAGCCCAUUGUACAGCACUUUGUCCACAGGACUGUCUCAGGACCAACUAAAGUAUAUAGCAGUGGACCAGGAAGGAUGAUGUCUGGAUUGAGAGAAGCCAUUGCUGGGCUGAACUCGGGGACAAGGGUGUGGAAAGGUCAGCAGCGGCACGACGUGUCCUUGGAGUGUGACGAACGGCUAGAGUACUGA